CCAUCAUCUCGUUGCAAUCAAAGGAUUAACGUAUUACGUCGCCAUGCAAGUUUAACAAGAAUACAUGGGGGUCGAACGAAACCGACGACAUUAUGCGAUACGAAGAGUAUUCGAAGUGUUCGCAGCUUCAAUAGACAUGAGCAACAUAAAUUUGAAACCAUAUCUUUACCAGGCAAACGGAAACUGAUCCAUAAUAAUCGAUCACUAUAUGGAUUUUCGCAGAAAUCACAUAAAUAUCCUCCAACUCCAAGAUCGCAAACCAUAGUAUUCGAGCCUUCUUAUAGUCUUUCACCUCGAAUAGAAGAAAAAACUAGCAAGUGCAAAUGCAGCGUUACUCAUUGCUUUAGGUUAUCUCCACAAAGAAUGGAAAUGGAUGCACCAUAUUUCUUCGGAAAAGAGAAAUAUGGAAAUAACGUCGAUGCUGGAUCAAAGGGAACUUAUCUGCAAUUGAAGACGUAUAGUAAUGCAUUCCAUUCGAACAUAACAGGACAGGUUUCUAUCCCACAAAUUAGUUCCACGGAUGGGCAAAAAGACAUGAAAGAAGGUGAAUGCAUUGCACAAUUGCCACUAAUCACAAUCGAUGAUCAUGGAAAUGAAAAUCUAAGAAAAAUUCAGCACGUAUCAGCUGAUGAAGAAAGUCAAGAAAUGGGAAAACCAGGAGCCGAUGAAAGUGUUUUGACAACUUCAUGUUUGCCAAAUACUCAUGUUAUUCACAGAAUCCCUAGUGUAAAAAAGCCACCUUCAAUGGAUAGUUCAUUAUCAAAAAGCAUUUGCUUCUCAUCUUUGAAAAAAUUGGAAAAUAAUGUAUUAAAAUCUCUCAAAUUUAGGAUGCGAGCUGAAAUGCUUGAUAGCCGUUCAUUUCGAAGUGCUGAAAGCGAGCGAUCGGAUGAACAGUCUUUAAGGUCACUAAGAAAAACAGCUUCCUCAUAUAAAAGAGAAAAAAUGCCAGUUUCAGUUGGCAUAAUUACUGUAGUACUUUUUAUCGCUGGUGGAGCAAUACUUUUUGCUGUUUGGGAAGAUUGGAAUUUAUUUGAUGGCGCUUACUAUUCAUUUAUUACAUUAAGCACGAUUGGUUUCGGCGAUAUUGUGCCUGGACAAAGUCUCGGUGAAGGAUCACAAGAAAAGCUAAUCGUUUGUGCGUUGUAUUUAUUAUUCGGCAUGGCACUGAUAGCAAUGUGUUUCAAAUUAAUGCAGGACGAUGUAGUACAAAAGGCUAGGUGGUUGGGCAGAAAAAUAGGAAUACUUGGUAAGGCAUCAACAAGAACUAUUUUAAAAGAAGAAUCAAGCAGUUCAGAAUCAGAUUUGGAUGAAGAUGUCGUUCUUGAAGAGGAUGAAGAGGAUAACGAAAGAGUAAGAGUAUUUUAA